AUGCCUCUCAAUGUGCUCGUCGUCGGUGCGGGAAGCGAUCUUCCACGCUACGAUCCACAGGUCAGACAAAUCGACUUGAAGAACCAAGCUCCCCAUAUCCUGAGGAAGAUGGGUCUGUUAGACGGAAUCACGGCGCUUUGUGUGAAUGAAACAGGUCUUGAGGUGGUGGACUCUGCAGGAAAGCAAAUAGCCUGCUUCGGUGCCUCUGCUUCUGGCGAACGUCGUAUUGGUUUGACCAGUGAGUAUGAAAUCAUGCGCGGGGAUAUGGCACAGUUCCUAUACGAUGCCAGCAUCAAGCAAAACGCGGUGCUUAAAAUCGAUCUAGAACAACGGAUAGCCUAUACAUUCGACCGGACUGUCACAAGUCUGGACCAGAGCGCUCAGGGCGUGGAUGUGACUUUCUCAGAUGGUCGGAAGCACCGAUAUGAUCUCGUCAUUGGGGCCGACGGACAAUACUCGCGUACUCGACGACUUGCCUUUGGCCAGGAGGUUAGCGAUGCCGCGUUCAAAACUCUUGGAGUCCACGCUACUUAUUUUAGCAUCCCUCGAAUUGCAGGGGAAGACACUUUGGCUAGAGGUCACCUCGCUCCACCGAGAAAAAUGAUCUACACUCGUACGAGCGAUUGUCCCAUUACAGGGGAACUUCUUUUUACCAUGGAUGAAUCGCCGAGACUGAAGGCUUCUUACAAAGAAUUGUUGGAAUCCCAAAAAGAGGCAUUCGUCGAGGUCUUCAAGGAUAUGGACUGGCAGACCAACCAGUUGAUUAGUGGGUUGAAGAAGUCCGAUGACUUUUACGCAAACGAGCUGGGGCAGAUAAAAAUGGACCGACUAUCUACGGGUCGGGUCGUGCUUCUUGGAGAUGCAGGCUACUGUCCCAGUCCAUUUACUGGCUUGGGGACUAACCUGUGCCUCGUGGGUGCAUACGUGCUUGCAGGGGAAUUGGCACGCCAGGGGAACGACGUUAUGGGGGCGCUAAAACGCUAUAAAGAAAAAAUGCGGCCCUUCAUUGUCGAGUGUCAGCAGUUCUCAAAAAUUUCUGGGAUUUCUCUUCCCAUCUUCGCGACUUGGCAUUUGGUCUAUGCAUAA